AUGUUAUCAAGAAAAGUUAUGUGUAAUUCCCACGGGCAGGAUUCUUCGUAUUUUCUUGGAUGGCAAGAAUACGAGAGGAAUCCAUAUGAUCCGGUUCAUAAUCCAUCGGGAAUCAUUCAGAUGGGACACGCUGAGAAUCAGCUAUCUUUCGAUAUUCUCGAGUCUUGGCUCGAAAGCAACCAUGAGGUUGCUGAGUUCAAGAGUGACCGUGGAGCGUCGGUGUUUAGAGAUAUGGCUCUGUUCCAGGAUUAUCAUGGCCUGACCGCCUUUAAAAAUGCAUUGGCAGAUUUUAUGGCCGAGCUACGAGGGAAUAAAGUUGAGUUCGACCCAAACAGCUUGGUCCUCACUGCCGGCGCCACGUCCGCCAACGAGACACUCAUGUUCUGCCUCGCCGACCCAGGCGACGCCUUUCUCCUCCCGACUCCCUACUAUCCAGGGUUUGAUCGUGACCUCAAAUGGAGAACCGGAGUUGAAAUAGUCCCAAUCCAUUGCUCAAGCUCCAACAGCUUCCACAUUACAAAAAACACCCUUGAAGACGCGUAUAAACGCGCAACGAAGCGUAAGCUACGUGUCAAAGGUGUCCUCAUAACCAAUCCAUCGAACCCAUUAGGCACGACUGUGUCCCGACCUGAACUUGAAACCCUUGUCGACUUCAUCGCAUCGAAAGACAUUCAUUUGGUUAGCGAUGAGGUCUACUCCGGCACCAACUUUGAUGGUUCUAGAUUCAUCAGUGUUGCUGAGGUUACAGAGGGUCAGGUUGAUUUAUCUGGCCAAGUCCACAUUAUGUAUAGUCUAUCGAAAGACCUCGGUCUCCCUGGUUUUCGAGUCGGUGUGAUCUUCUCUGCUAACCAGACAGUUAUAACUGCAGCUACAAAAAUGUCAAGCUUCGGGCUCAUGUCAUCACAGACCCAGUAUCUUUUAUCGGUAAUGCUGGCCGACAAAAAGUUCACUAGAAAAUACUUAAUUGAAAACAAGAGGAGGCUCAAGAAGAGGCACGAGAAGCUCGUUAACGGGCUUCAACGGGCCGGAAUUACUUGCUUGGAGAGCAAUGCGGGCUUGUUCUGUUGGGCCGAUACGAGACACUUACUACAGCCCAACAAUUUUGAAGGGGAGAUGGGUUUAUGGAAGAAGAUAUUAUUCAACGUGGGACUAAAUGUUUCCCCUGGCUCAUCAUGCCACUGCGAUGAGCUUGGGUGGUUUAGGAUUUGCUUUGCUAAUAUGAGCGAAGAGACGCUUGAUCUCGCAGUGAGCCGGCUCGUGUCAUUCGUCGAGUCCGAUGGUGGGGCCUGUCGACGCCGAGGAAGGUUCGGUCUGCAGUUGAGGGCGCCGGCAGCAUCGAUGGCCAAAUGGGUGCUCAAGUUGUCCGUGCCGGAUAGAAAGGCCGAGCAGUCACGUUAG